ACAUCCGAUUGGCGGAAGCAGAAAUCGCUUUGAGGCCGGCACGGAAAUUGCUUUCCUUUUGGCUUCCGCUCCUGACCCAUGUGAGCGAUGCAGGCUGCCGAAAUGAACGCGGUCCGGGCUGCGGAGAGCCUUCUGGCUUUGAGCCAGCAGGAAGAACUAGUGGAUUUGCCAAACCACUCCUUGAGUGCCAGUGAAGAUGAGGGGGACAGUGAUGGAGAGAGAAAGCAUCAAAAGCUUCUGGAAUCAAUUGGUUCUCUUGAUGGAAAGAAGAGGUGGAAAUUGGCCGAGAGAUCUGAGGCUUGUUUGAAGGUGUCAGAGUUUAAUGUCUGUUCUGAAGGAUCGGGAGAAAAGCUGCUCCUUUCAGAUCUUCUUGAGCCUGCUAAAACUUCAUCUUCAUUGGCUGCUGUGAAAAAGCAGCUGAAUAGAGUUAAAUCCAAGAAGGCCGUGGAAUUGCCCCUUAACAAAGAGGAGGUUGAAAGGAUCCACAGAGAAGUAGCUUUCAAUAAAACAUCACAGACCCUCUCCAAGUGGGAUCCUAUCGUUCUGAAGAACCGGCAAGCAGAGCAGCUGGUGUUUCCCUUGGAGAAGGAACAGCCAAAUUUUGUUCCCAUUGAACAUGUGUUAAGUAGCUGGAAGGCAAGAACCCCCCUGGAGCAAGAAGUUUUCAACCUCCUAUACAAAAACAAGCAGCCAGUGACAGACCCUUUAUUGACUCCCUUGGAAAAAGCCUCUCUCAAGGCCAUGAGCCUCGAAGAGGCUAAGAUGCGCCGAGCAGAGCUUCAGAGGGCCCGGGCUCUGCAGUCCUACUAUGAAGCCAGGGCUCGAAGAGAGAAAAAAAUCAAAAGUAAAAAGUAUCACAAAAUUGUAAAGAAAGGAAAGGCCAAGAAAGCCCUAAAAGAGUUUGAGCAGCUACAGAAGGUCAAUCCUGCUGCUGCACUGGAAGAACUGGAAAAAAUUGAAAAGGCCAGAAUGAUGGAGCGAAUGAGCCUUAAGCACCAGAACAGUGGGAAAUGGGCCAAGUCAAAAGCAAUUAUGGCCAAAUAUGAUCUGGAGGCUCGCCAAGCUAUGCAGGAACAGUUGGCUAAGAACAAAGAACUGACACAGAAACUGCAGGUAGUCUCAGAGAGUGAGGGAGAGAACGGUGCAGAAGAGGAAGAGCUUCUUGUUCCUGAUGCGGUGAAUGAAGUACAGAUGUGUGCAGAUGGGCCAAAUCCUUGGAUGCUCAGGAACUGUAACAGCGAUGCAAAAGGUGAAGUCCAGAAGGACCCUGAACAGCCACCUGAGCCCGUGGUCCAGGAGGUCUCUGAAAGUGAAGAUGAAAGACCAGGAGCAGAGGAAGAAAUUCUGUUGCACGAAUUUGAGGAAAGGCGAUCCCUCAGAAAAAGAUCUGAGCUUAGCCAGAAUGCUGAGCCAGUGGGCAGUCAGGAAACAAAAGAUUCUAGUUGCCAGGAGGUAUUAUCCGAAUUGAAGUUAUUGACUCAGAAACUCAACCAAAAAAACCAUCAAUCCAGGAAGCAAAAAGUGAGUUCAGUGAGGACUGUUCUCCAGGUCCAGAAAGAGGAAUGUGCCCUAGAGGAAGAGGAACCUGUGUUGCUGCAGAGGCCAGAGAGAGUACAGACGCUGGAAGAUCUAGAAGAUCUGGGCCACGAAGAAUAUUCUCAAAAUAAGGAGCUUCCCAGACCUGUGAUGGAAGAGGAAAAAGCAGAGAAAACCUCAAACAACCAGACUGAUGCUCCCAAGGAGAAGAAAAAAAAGGAGCAAAUGAUUGAUCUUCAGAAUCUCCUAACUACAAAAUCGCCUUCCGUAAAGUUGUUGGCAGUUCCCACAGCAGUAGAGGAAUUGGAAGAUGAAGAGGAGAAACACCAAAAGCAGAUAAUAAAAGAAGCUUUUGCUGGAGACGAUGUCAUCAGAGAUUUCUUGAAAGAGAAGAAGGAGGCUGUGAAGGCAAAUAAGCCAAAGGAUGUGGACCUGACGCUACCUGGCUGGGGCGAGUGGGGUGGUAUAGGCCUGAAGCCCAGCGCCAAGAAAAGACGCCGAUUUCUCAUUAAAGCCCCUGAAGGUCCUCCAAGGAAAGACAAGAAUUUACCAAAUGUGAUUAUCAGUGAGAAGCGCAACAUCCAUGCAGCAGCACAUCAGGUGCGGGUGCUUCCAUACCCAUUCACCCAUCAUCAGCAAUUUGAAAGGACCGUCCAGACCCCUAUAGGAUCCACAUGGAACACCCAGAGGGCCUUCCAAAAGCUCACCACUCCCAAGGUUGUCACCAAGCCAGGCCAUAUCAUUAAGCCCAUAAAAGCAGAGGAUGUGGGCUACUGCUCUUCCUCAAGGUCGGACCUCUCUGUCACACAGAGCAAUCCAAAACGACCAAGUGGACAUCACAAGAAACAGCUGAAGAAAAUCUCCAGAGAUUGAGUUGCCAUGGGAGUGACAUCUUGGUGCUAGGACAAGGAGCCCUAACUGUUCUUCCUUUGGUUGCUCUGUGAUGCAGGAUCACUUCUAAAACCAGCUUAGUACACUGAGAGUGUAAUUAAGCCACAUUUUAGAAAUAAAGGCUUUUUUAUCUAUUUA